AUGGUGUGUGUUAAGGAUAUCGACAACGGUUCAGUCAGUAUCAGUACAUCGUCAAUCUGUACUAAUUUCAGUCCUGCUCUUGAUGUUAGUUCGGGUGAAAAGUCGAACAUGCAAACAUUUCAUCAACUUGAUUCAACAGUCUUGUUGUCGGAAGUAGUACCUGCUGCGUCAAGUAACAUCAAUUCCUACGACGAAUGCGGCGUUGUUUGUAAUGCUGUUCCUGAUGCUACUCUAACCUCAAGACCUUGUAUUGCUAUUGGCCUCGAAGGUUGUGGUCCCGAAUCUGAACCUAUUACCCGUUUGUCUUUUUGGACAGUUAACGUCCUUAUGCCUGGCGCUUCAAUGAAUGCUAUGGACACAACUACUGUUGCUACAACGACAGUACCAAUAGCAUCAGGUUCGAUUUCGACGAUUAGAACACCGUCCACGCUUUACCAAUGGUUAUUUACUGCACAAAGUGUUGCCAUUUAUUUAAUCUACCAGAAAUUCAUCCACUAUUGGCAUAUCAACAUUGAAGUUUUUAGUAGUAUUCGUUUCUCAUUAAUACUACCGUUCUCUUUACUAAUCGAUCUUUCUGAAUUCGAAUAA